AUGACUACUACAGUCUCUCAUAGACCUAAUUGGUAUAAACAAUCCUUUCCUUCAUCUCUUACCAUUCCUGUUGGGUCUCAUGCUCUCAUUCCAUCUCUUUCAAGGCGUACACCUACUUUGAUACCUUUUACAUCAUCCGAAGGCAAAUCUUUGUUUCGUAGUGCAAUGAGUCAAGGACAAACUGAAAGUUUCUUCAAGCUUCUAGGGAACUUUUCUGCUCAAUCAUCACCCGACUUGGCUGGCAUCAGUUCUCUUACCAUGGCGUUGAAUGCACUAGAAAUCGAUCCCAAAACUAUCUGGAAAGGAAAUUGGCGAUGGUAUUCUGGUGAUCAACUCAAACCUUGUUCACCAAAAGAACAUGUAGUAGAACAUGGAAUUCCUUUUGAUGAGUUCAUCUGUUUAGCACAACCUCACUGUAAUGUAGAUUCAUUUCGUGUGUCCUUCGCCCCUACAAGCUACGAACAAUUUCUACAAACUUUGGAACAAGUUACCUCUGAUGCCUCUUCACAAAUGAUUGUUCAUUAUUCCCGGUCUGCCUUAGGCCAAAAAGGAAGACAACAAGAUGCUCAUUAUAGUCCUGUUGGUGCUCAUAAUGCUUCUAGGCAGCAAACUUUGAUUAUGGACGUCGAUCGGGUACAUCAUCCAAGUGUAUGGGUCAAUACCAGGGAUCUUUAUCAUGCCAUGUUAAAAUCAGAUCCUUCCACUGGUCUUCCUCGUGGUUAUUUUGUUUUGAAACCUGGUGUCAACUCUAAAUAUAUCAAGUGUCAAGAAUGUACAAAUCGUGCCUGUCAAGUUUAG